GAAAGAGUUCAAACCCAUAAACCAGAAAUCUUCUGAGAUCUCUCUCUUUCAAACACCAAAAUAACCAGAGAGUGUCGACAUGGGUUGCCAAGAUGAUCACUUGGUGACCAAAAUCUGCAAUCUCUACGACCAAAUCUCGAAGCUCGAUAGCCUAAAACCCUCAGAAAAUGUCGACACCUUGUUCAAAGAGCUCGUCUCCACAUGCAUACCCCCAAACCCUAACAUCGACGUCACCAAGAUGUGUGACAAAGUCCAAGAAAUCAGAUCAAAUCUCAUAAAGAUCUGUGGCGAAGCCGAAGGGUAUUUAGAAAACCACUUCUGUUCCAUCUUGACCUCUUUUGACGACAACCCACUUCACCAUUUGGAUGUUUUCCCUUAUUACACAAACUAUCUGAAACUCAGCAAGCUCGAGUUCGAUCUCCUGACACAACAUUCCGACUGUUCUGCUCCAAAGACUGUGGCUUUCGUUGGUUCCGGCCCACUUCCCCUCACUUCCAUUGUUUUGGCCAAGUUUCAUCUCAAAGACACGGUCUUUCACAACUUUGAUGUUGACCCUUGUGCGAAUUCUCUCGCCUCCCGUCUGGUCUCGUCAGAUCCCGACCUCUCUCAGCGCAUGUUCUUCCACACGACAGACGUCAUGGAUGUUACAGAGAGCUUGAAGGACUUCGAUGUCGUGUUCUUGGCUGCUUUAGUUGGGAUGGAUAAGUCGGAGAAGGUGAAAGUGAUCGAGCAUUUGCAGAAACACAUGGCUCCUGGAGCUGUGCUCAUGUUGAGGAGUGCCCAUGGAGCUCGGGCGUUUCUGUAUCCAAUCGUCGAGCCCUGUGAUCUGAAAGGCUUCGAGGUUUUGUCGAUUUAUCAUCCGACAGAUGAAGUCAUUAACUCGGUUGUCAUCUCCAGGAAACUCGGCGCUGAUGUUUCAGGGAAUGAUACUAACAACAAUGGCGAUGUUCAUCAGAUCGAACCAGCUGGUCUCUCGUGCGUGCUCAUGCCCUGCAACUGUUCCAAGAUCCACGCAUUUAUGAACAAGAAGAAGAACAUGAUCGAGGAGUUCAGCCCCAUCGAAGAACAGUUCUCUUAGAAAAAAUAGGGUUUCUCCCUGGUUGAUUUUAGGCGUAUAUAUGCAUGUACGUACUAUAAAUGUACGUAUGUGUUGUAUACACGCCUGUCUAACCCCCCAUCUUUGUUUUCUGAGUUUCUCUUGCUCAGACUUGUGUUUUCUCCCUGUUGUGUUUUUGCUCCAGUUUUUCUUACAGUUAUGGCAGUUUCAUGAUCUGUGGGUUCUCUGGUCUAUGUUUGGUCAAUACUCCACAUUUUGAAGUAAAAAGUCAUCAACUUUGCGAUUUUUCAA